GUUAGUGGAGGUGUGAGAGGAGAAGAGGAGGGGGGGACGUUAGCUUCUUGGACAAGUCUUUCUGCCCCUCUGUCAGGUAGUUGAGAAUUUGUUUGUCCAAAGCACUGGCAGACAUGGACAUGGCAGACUACAGCGAGGCUCUGGACCCAGCCUACACCACGCUGGAGUUCGAAAACAUGCAAGUGCUCCCCUUGGGCGCAGACUCCUCUCCGACUGAAAGUGCCACCAUGAACUCCAGCGGACACCUGGGGGUGGGCAGCCUGUGUGCCAUCUGUGGAGACCGAGCCACGGGCAAACACUACGGGGCCUCCAGCUGCGACGGCUGCAAGGGCUUCUUCAGACGCAGCGUCCGCAAAAAUCACAUGUACUCCUGCAGGUUCAACAGACAAUGCAUUGUGGACAAAGACAAGCGAAAUCAAUGCAGAUACUGCAGACUGAAGAAAUGCUUCAGAGCCGGCAUGAAGAAAGAAGUGUGUGUUUCAGCUGUGCAGAAUGAAAGAGACAGAAUCAGCACCAGGAGAUCCAGCUAUGAAGACAGCAGUUUACCAUCCAUCAAUGCACUCAUCCAGGCAGACGUACUGUCAAGACAGAUCACCUCCCCUGCUCCUAUACUGAACGGCGACAUAAGGACCAAAAAGAUCGCCACCAUCACAGACGUGUGUGAGUCCAUGAAGCAGCAGCUGCUGGUGCUGGUGGAGUGGGCCAAAUACAUCCCAGCCUUCUGUGACCUGCCCCUGGAUGACCAGGUGGCGUUGCUGCGAGCUCAUGCUGGAGAACACCUCCUGCUCGGCGCUGCAAAGAGGUCCAUGCUUUACAAAGACAUCCUCCUAUUAGGAAAUGACCACAUCAUUCCCAGAAACUGCCCGGAGCUGGAGGUGGGCCGGGUAGCUGUGAGGAUCCUGGACGAGCUGGUGCUUCCCUUCCAGGAGCUUCAGAUAGACGACAAUGAAUACGCCUGCCUUAAAGCCAUAGUUUUCUUUGACCCAGACGCUAAAGGUCUGAGUGACCCUGGAAAGAUCAAGCGGAUGCGAUACCAGGUGCAGGUCAGCCUGGAAGACUACAUCAACGACCGGCAGUACGACUCGCGGGGACGCUUCGGGGAGCUGCUCCUGCUGCUGCCCACGCUACAGAGCAUCACCUGGCAGAUGAUCGAACAGAUCCAGUUCGUCAAACUCUUCGGGAUGGCCAAGAUCGACAACCUGCUGCAGGAAAUGCUUCUUGGAGGUUCUGCAAACGAAGCUCCACACGCACCUCACUCUCUGCACCCUCACCUGGUUCAGGAGCAUCUCGGCAGCAAUGUUAUAGUGACCAGCAACAUCCCAUCAGUGAUCCAUAACGGUCAAAUCUCCACUCCUGAAAGCCCAAUCCCGUCUCCACCUACUGCCUCCAGCUCUGAACAUUAUAAACUGCCUCAGGGGGUCAUAGCCACCGUGCCCAAGCAGCCAACCUCCAUCCCUCAGCCUACUAUUACAAAGCAGGAGGCCAUCUAACAGUCCUCUGAACCCUUAUUCCUUCAGUUUUUUUAUUGUCUUAAACCAGGGUUUUUAUAUGUAACUUUAUACAUAAUCAGCAUCGAAGCUGUUAACCUGUCUGAAACAAUAAAGUUGCUUUAUAUGUAGAAUGUAAUUGCAAAUAUGUCCCUUGCAGAUUGCUGUUUGUCUUCAGGGAUGUAUUUGUUCUCACAUGCAGCUGCAGUUAAGCUCAGUGAACGCCAAACAAAACUCAAGGCAUCAAAAAUAUCCUGUUGUUCUGUAAGGUCGAUACAUAAAAAGACGUCCAUUGUUGUAAAUAUUUAGUUUAUUAUUGGGUAACAUCACUUCCUUCAGCAUGGCCUCAGUGUGUGCAGUAAGGCUCAUGUUAGACGUGAUGUCAGUAUUUUAUGAAUGUUACAACAGGCCUUACAUUGUUGUGUAUGUAGUGUUGCACAGUAUUUUAUUUUAUGCUCAUUAGUGCUAAAAGUGUGUCAACUCGUUGUCAGGAACUUAGGAAUUCUUCAUUUUAUCAAAGCUAAAUGAAAUCACUUGAACGACCUCAUCUUUUAUGUAACAGGAUUAAAAUACAUUUGGUUUGUUUUAUUUACUGGAAAAUAUAUUUAAACAGUAGAACAUGUAAGGUAGAAAUAGUGAACUCUAUGGUGCCACUUUGUAAAAGUCACAGGCAGACACACUAAAGAAGUUUCCCAGUGAUAUGUUGUAAUGGUUUUGGAAAAUAUAUAUUAUAUUUUUUGUUUAGUACCUUGUCAUGGUAUUAAACUGUGCCUCAUAACCUGUACUGCCUUACACACAUAGCAUUGUUUCGCCUUACAAUGUGAAGAUGAAUUAAUAAAUCUCAAGGUCUAUUUUUA